AUGGCGCUGGGCGUGGCUGGAGCAGAUGGGGCCAGACGGCGUUUAGCAGCUGGAGCAGGAAACGAAGCUCUGCUGGUAGCAGACCAGUUUGUGGUGACCUUUGACGGUCACCUGUAUGAGCUUCCUGGUUCGUGUCCGCUGCUUCUCUCCCAGGACGUCAGCAGUGAGUCCUUUACUCUGCUGCUUGGUACUGACCCGCAGAGCUCCCUGCUGAUCCUAAUGAACAACAGCACCAUCAGCAUUCAGCGCACUGGGCAGGUGAAAGCUGGCUGCCAAAGCAUCGCCACACAUGGGCAUUACUCUGAUCAUGGGCUGAGUGUGAGAAAAGGCUCAAACCAAGUACAGGUGUCCAAUCAGCAUGGACGAUCAGUGUCAUGUGAUCUGCAGCUGGAGUUGUGCAGCUUCACCCUGGAUGGAUGGUUUCAUGGAGCUUCAACCGGACUCCUGGGAACUAACACUAAUGAUGCAGGCGAUGAUUUUCCUCUACCUGAUGGAUCUCAAGCUCAGACACUGGAGGAUUUCUUCAAUGGCUGGAAGCUAAAUUCAAGCUGCACUAAAUACACAGAAACAAAAGAGCGAAGUUCCCAAGCCGCCACGAGGGCUGCCAGCUGUGAAUCUCUGUUUUCUUCCCCUGAUUCUCUCCUCAGUUCCUGUUUCAGGGUGGUGGAUCCUGAUCAGUUCCUGUCUGUGUGUAAGCGGAGCUCCUCCAAAGCCCCCUGCAGGUUAGCGGCGGCGUUCGUUCAUCUCUGCCAGGAAAACUACAUUCCUCUGGAGAUCCCAGGCCUGUGCGUGGAGACCUGAAGAACCCGACUGAAGGAGGAUAAUCUGCUACCUUCUGUACAGGAAAAAUACAUUUUAUUUUAUAUUCAAUUCAAAGUAUUUUAAUGUGCUGGUAUAUUUUAUAUGAUGAUCUUAACCAAUAUUGGAGAAUAAAAGCAUUUUGUCUUUUU